AAGAGAAAGAACCUACACCUAGAAACCCUAAACUCAAUCGCGCUCAUCCGCUUGGAACCUCGAGGCGGGAUGGAGCUGGAAGCAAUCUGUCCGUCGGUUUAAAUCUUUUUUUUUUUCGGCUCUAUAUGCAAACGCGGCACCCUAUCACGGCCACUUCCGCCAUUUGUAAGCAGCUGAUGAAUUUGUGUUCUGUCUUUUCAACGCGGCACCUCCUCAUAUAUCCUUGUCUAAAUUCCCCAAUUGCUCUCACCAACGGACUCCCUCUAUCUCCAUGGAAUCGAUGCAUUCCUCUCCCAACUCUACCACCUUCCCCCUGCCUCCAAUCGAACUCCAAACCAUCCACAGUCUCUCUGAUACCAUCCCCAAUCUCCCAACCCUCCCAAAUCCCAUCGACAAAUCCCCAUACUACCACCCUGAUCCAUCCUUCUACCUCUCCGCCUGCGACGUUAUCCUCCGCCAAAUCAUCUUCGAUUUCUCCUCCUCCUCCUCCUCAUCCUCUCCCCUCCUAGCCUAUCACCGCGCUGGCCCGCGCCAGUUCAUCCGUUUCGACUCCGACGACGUGCGCGCCGCCAUCGUCACCUGCGGCGGCCUCUGUCCCGGGCUCAAUACAGUAAUAAGAGAGCUUGUUGUCGCCCUUUGGGACCUUUAUGGCGUUCGUCAGAUCUUUGGGGUGCAAUCCGGCUAUCGAGGUUUUUAUUCAGCGGAUAUGGUGGAGCUCAAUCCAAGGGUUGUGAAUAACUGGCAUUUGCGGGGAGGUACUGCGCUUGUUACGUCAAGGGGAGGGUUUGAUCUGGAGAAGAUCGUGGGGGCGAUUGAGAAGAGAGGAUUUAAUCAGGUAUACUGCAUUGGUGGAGAUGGGACCAUGAGGGGUGCGGUUAAGAUCUUCAAUGAGAUUCAGCACCGCAAACUUCAUGUCUCUAUUAUUGGCAUCCCCAAAACUGUUGACAAUGAUAUUGGCAUCAUCGACCGCUCCUUUGGCUUCCAGACUGCAGUUGAGAUUGCUUUACAAGCCAUCCAUGCUGCCCAUGUUGAAGCUGAGAGUGCUGUCAAUGGCGUUGGACUUGUCAAACUUAUGGGAAGAAACACAGGGCACAUUGCACUUCAUGCUACUCUAAGCAGCCGUGAUGUCGACUGCUGCCUGAUCCCUGAGAUUGAUUUCUAUCUGGAAGGCAAAGGAGGUCUAUUUGAAUUCCUUGAUCAAAGGCUUAAAAGGAAUGGUCAUGCUGUUCUUGUUGUGGCUGAAGGUACUGGACAGAACCUGAUACCAAGGACUGAAUCACAGAAAGCCGAGGAAGACGAGUCUGGAAAUCCAGUGUUCCUUGAUGUUGGUCCAUGGCUGAAGUCAGAGCUGACUAACUGGUGGAAGAGGGAUCAUCCUGGGGAGCUCUUCACAUUGAAAUACAUUGAUCCGACUUAUAUGAUCCGAGCAGUUCCAGCAAAUGCUACUGAUAGUAUGUACUGCACUUUGCUUGCUCAUUCAUCGAUUCAUGGUGCAAUGGCUGGGUAUACAGGAUUUGUUUCGGGUCAAAUUAAUGGGAACUAUGCUUAUAUUCCUAUUGAGGAGGUGGCUGCAGCUAAAAAUGCGGUUGAUGUAAAGGAUCAUAAGUGGGCGUGGCUCAGAUCAGUGACAAACCAGCCAGAUUUUCAACAAGCUUAAGACAUUUGCGAGCCUGUACAUCUCACUGAGAAGGCACUAAUGGAGGAGAAGUAUAUUGGAUCCCUUAUAGUGCAGGCAAUUCACAUAAGUGAGUAGUGUCAAUAAUUCUUAGGAUAUAUAUGUGAGGGAAAAAACUUGUUUGUGCUGCUGUAUUAUUUUGGAGACCUGUUUUCUUCAACUUAGAAAUCCUUAUCUUCUAUUGUAAAAAUAGUGAGCUGAAUAUUUUUUCUAUCUUCAUAUACUUUUUUGUGUUUUAAACUAUUUUAAGGUUUCAAACAUAAAUUUAUCUCUCUUUUUGUAAAUCCAGUGAGCUUCAAUUUAUUAAAUUAUUGCAAGUUUGAUUUUA